GCCAAGCAGAGUGGGAGGAAACGCAACACACGCUCGAUUUUCUUAUCAGCCGGUGUGCGCACACGUACAGCUGAAUUGAUACAUGAAGACAUAUAACAUUACAUGCCACAUACCACCAGCGAUGCAUGUUAGUUGUCUGUCUGUCAUGGCAGUGAUACGGAAUGAGGUGAGGAAUAAGGAGACAACGAAAAUUUUGAGGGUGUAAACUGACAAGAUAUAUUAAUUUCGUUUGAAGCAAUUCCACACCCAAUCUGCCGCGCUCUUCCAGAGUUCAAAAUGGCUGCGUUGUACAAUGAUAGCGAUUUCAAAGAGAAGUUGAUUCGGAACGUGAAGAAAGAGGUAAAACAGAUUAUGGAAGAAGCAGUGACCCGGAAGUUCGUCCACGAAGAAAGUAGUUCCAUUACUUCUUUGUGUGGAGCCGUGGAGGCUUGUUUAUCACAGGGGCUGAGGAGAAGAGCCCUCGGCUUGUUCAAGACCAGUUCUACCACUGCGCUACUGCACAAAGCGGCCAAGAGCUUUGGGCCGGCAGCAGUCAUCUCGAGGAAAGUGCAAGAGAUAGAAAACUGCGAUCCAAACAGGAGAUCUUCAUCGAGUGGUGACAGCACGAACCGGCCUCCGAGUGGGAAGCCGCCACUGCAGAAGAAGAACUCUGCUGGUGGGGUCAUGACUUCUUCUGGUGUGCAAAGUCCGCGGUACUUGUGGAUACGUCUAGCUCUAUUUGAGAAACAGCUGGCUGCCAUUAUUGACUACCUCGUACAGAACAGCAGUAAAUACUAUGAGAAAGAUUCCCUAGUUGCAGAUCCAGAUUAUGGUUCCAUUCUCAGUUCUCUGCUUGUUGGUCCUUGUGCAUUGGAUUAUUCCAAGACAAAAACACAAGACCACUUCUGGACUGAUCCACCCGCAGAUGAGUUAGUACAAAGGCAUCGCAUCUCCAGCGGCCAUGCCACUCCGCCCUCCUGCCGGAGACCUGCUCUCAAUUUUCGACGCAGUUUACAUGCUGUCAGUUCUGAAGAGGGUCACCGCCAGAUCCCCAUAUCAGCUAAAGACUAUGUUGAAUCCCUCCAUCAGAACAGUCGUGCCACAUUGCUGUAUGGAAAAAACAACGUUCUUGUGCUGCCUAAAGACCUAACAGAACCCAUGCCAGGCUAUUUGUCACUUCAUCAGACAGCACACUCACUGACUAUCAAGUGGACACCUAACCAACUCAUGAAUGGUUAUUCAGAGGCUGAAAUACAGGAUAAAAGACGAGGCAGUUUGCCAGGAAUACAAGCUCCUAGGAAGCAUCUCCUAUACAGACGCUCUUCCACCCAGACUCAGCUGGUUUUAUAUUGGGACUAUGCCAUGAAUGUGCAAGUUGAUGAAAUAGUGUAUGUUCACUGCCAUCAACAAGCUGAUAGUGGCGGUACCAUAGUGCUGGUGGGACAGGAUGGAGUUCAGCGACCUCCAAUCCACUUUCCAAAGGGUGGACAUCUACUUUCAUUUCUGUCAUGUCUCGAGAAUGGCCUGCUCCCUCAUGGACAACUUGAUCCACCACUAUGGUCACAGAGAGGAAAAGGCAAAGUGUUUCCAAAGCUUCGAAGAAAAGGACGCACUCUUCCGUCAUUACGAAAUGGAGAAGAGGCAGGGGAUGAGUCUACUGAUUAUGUUUUCCGAAUUGUCAGUAAAGCACGCCAUGAGGACUUUUUGGCAGGACAAGACUUGAUGGAUCCUAGUCCAUGGACUGGCAGUAUUCAACAUCUCCAGUCCAGAGUUAGAGCACAGCUUAUCUCAACCUCCACAGCCAGUUCCACAUCUUCAUCCAAAUCCCUGAGUCUGGACCCAGGCAGUGGUGCAGAAAUGCCAGAGAGUCCAAGACAAGGUGUAAUAUCAAAUGGUCCAACUCCUAAAUUAACCACAGGUGAUUCAAUACAACUGGUAUGUGAGACCAUGAAACGUCAAAUAAUCUCACGAGCAUUUUAUGGCUGGUUAGCAUAUUGUCGUCACUUAUCCACAGUGCAGACACAUCUCUCAGGAUUGGUGAAUCAGAGCAUUGUAUCUCAGGAUGAUCCCUGCAAUGCCUCUGAAGGACUCACACGUGAAAAGUGGAAUCACAUGAAUGUUAAUGGUGUAAUUACUGACAAGGCAGAAGUGUUUCGCCUCACUUAUUAUGGCGGUGUAUGUCAUGAAAUCAGGAAAGAGAUGUGGCCAUAUCUGCUUGGACACUAUCGAUUUGGCAGCUCACCAGAAGACAGGCAAGAAUUAGACCUUGCAACACAACAGAGCUAUGAAACCACCAUGUCAGAAUGGUUGGCUGUGGAAGCUAUUGUUAGACAGAGGGACAAGGAGACAAUGGCAGCUAACCUUGCUAAGCUCUCUUCAGAGAGCACAAGUGGAGAUGUUCCACCACCCACUCCUGCCAUGGCACAGGACCUGAGUAAUGAUGUGUUUGAAGAUAACCUGAGUCUUCUUUCUGAUAAUGAUAUUGGAGAUGAAGCAGAAACUGCGAAACAUAAUGGUGAGACUGCACAUGGUGAUGAAGAAGAUGACCACUUUGUUCGUUGUCCGCCUAAUUCUUUGGAAAACAACCAAACAGAUUUUGAGGAACAGUAUUUUCCUUUGCAAUACAGCAAUUACCCAAAUGACUCUGGAAGAAAUGGUUCUGCAAAUGGCAAGUCUGUUGCAGAAAAACAAAAUGGAAUUUAUAAGAAAUUAAAUGGGAUUUCUGAAGAGAAGGUCAGAAAAGGAGAUAAAAUUCUCAAUGGUAUUGUUGAAGAAGAUGAAACAACCACAAUUCCAUGCUCACUGAUUUCAAAAGAGAAACACAAUGUAGACAGCUCUUUCAGCAACUCUCUUGCUGAGAGUGUCGGCAGACUGGUCAAUGGUUAUAAUUCACAAGUAGAACAGGAAAAUAACCAGGCAAUUAAAUCACCAUCUCCAGAUGAAGGAGUGGUGGAAGAUGAAGAUGUAGAAAGAGGAACAAAGAACGGUCAUGCUGGAAACAAUCAACUAGUACAAAAGAAAAUACAUAAAUGCAAGUCAUCAAACCAGCGUCCGUUACAGUCAGCUGCAGUCAUAGUAACUACUAAUCCAUCAGUAGAUAGUGGUAACCAGUCUGACCCAUACGUUGAAGAGCCAUGUGAUCACUUGCUGACACCACAUGACGAGGAGAAGGAAGGACUAGAUACUCUUGCUGUCACAGAAGAAACUGCUGAGGGCAAUAGUCAGGGCUCUCGUUCAACUUGCAUCUCCCCAGCAAGCUCACAGGGUGGGGUAUAUUCGAUGGAGCUUCUUGAGACAUUUGGCUUAAAUCUUCACCGCAUAGACAAAGACGUGCAGCGCUGUGAUCGCAAUUAUUGGUACUUCACAGCUGAGAAUCUUGACAAAUUGCGUAAUGUUAUGUGCACGUAUGUCUGGGAACAUCUUGACAUGGGUUAUAUGCAAGGAAUGUGUGAUUUGGUUGCACCACUUCUUGUCAUAUUCGAUGAUGAGGGUACAACUUAUUCAUGUUUUUGCCGUCUCAUGGAGAGGAUGGGUUCCAAUUUCCCUAAUGGUGGAGCUAUGGAUACACAUUUUGCUAAUAUGAGGUCUCUAAUUCAAAUACUGGACUCAGAAAUGUUUGAACUUAUGCAUCAGAAUGGUGACUACACACAUUUCUACUUUUGUUAUCGCUGGUUCUUACUGGACUUCAAACGCGAGUUGCUGUAUGAUGAUGUGUUCAGUGUAUGGGAGACAAUAUGGGCAGCCAAACAUAUAGCUUCAAACCACUUUGUCCUGUUUAUCGCCUUGGCAUUGGUUGAGUCUUACAGAGAUAUCAUCCUUAGCAACAGCAUGGACUUCACUGACAUCAUCAAGUUCUUCAAUGAGAUGGCUGAAAGGCAUGAUGCCAAAGCAAUUCUGUCACUUGCUCGAGACUUGGUGCUACAGCUUCAGACUCUCAUCGAAAAUAAAUAAGUCUUACGAUGGUAAUUAAUGUCUAUAGCCAGAAGGUUGAGAGAUUUUCUCUAUUUUUGUGAUGAAAGAGAAUAUUGUAAUUAUAACAUUCAUAUAUAUUAUAUUGUUGAAAGUGAAUGUAUUAUAAAACCUCUGUUUGCUGGUACAAAUUUAAAUAUCUAACCUAUUGCAGUAUUCAAAUGUUAAUCAAUGAAGAAAUCCGAGACUUUCAUACUGAACUAACAUGGAUUUCAGUGUUAUUAUUAGAACCCCUAUUACAUGUACAAUGAAUUCAGUGUUGAUAUAAUUUAGAUUAAAACAGCUGCACAGUGUAUGUCCUUCUGUUGGGCUACAAAGAGUUUUCACUCCAAAUCUGGGAUCUGGGAUUGUUAUUUGGGUAUUCUAUUCAUGUUUUAUUUAAUAACAACAUAAAAUUGUUUUUAAUGUUUCAGUUCAGCAGUGGAAAAUUUUUAUGUUGAAAUAAGAAUUUUAGUACAUUGUCAACUGGGUGCAUUCAUUUUACAUAUAAGUAAAAUCCUACUUUCAGUCAGGACAUGGUAGAAAUAAUUCAAGUAGGACAAUGCUUACCAGCCGCCACCAAGACAAUGUUACUGUUCUCAUAAUGGAAGUGAAUCUGUGUAGUGUUAGCAAACAGCCCAGCACAUUCCAGAAACAAGAAUGCCCAAUUUUAUUAAUUGUGAUAUUUAUGAAAUGGUAUGUUGUAUAAAAAAUCACAAUUAUUUUUUUGAUGAAUUUAUAUCUAAAAAUUACAUUGACAAGGUAUGUCCAAAAAUAUAUGAAAACCUUCACAUAGGAGAUAAAGGAAAAGUGAAUUUUCACUUGUAGCUAUACACAACAUGAAUGUGUAGUGGGAGCACUGAUACAUCUAUGUUUAUAUAUGUAAUUUUCAUGCACUGGUUGCCUUCAUCCCCAGCAAAGGCGCAUCCAGUAUCCAUUUCAUAGGACAUCGUAGGUACCAGAACCCUGCGAAAUGUGGUUGCAUAGUGAAAAAUCCUUGAUACAGGAAUUAAACUCUUGCUCUCCAGCACAUACUAGUCACUUUACUGAGGUACAGUGGCUAACUUAAUGUAGAGAGAUGAUCUGCAAAUUUCAGGAAUGGUUAAUAAUACUACAUCUCAAUAUUUCAUAAAACAUUGUCAGCAAGAAUGUAGACUGGAAUCAAACAAAAGGGUGCUUCAAACCUUUUCUUGUGAAUAUAACUGUAAAGAAAGGAAUAUUUUGUCAAUGCAUAUAUUGCUUCUGUAGACUUCUAAAUGUUGUGGACAAGAUUGCAGGCUUCAACAGAAGCAACAGAAAUACAUACUGCUGUAGUCACUAAUAAGCAGACAAGACACAAACAAGCAUAUCCACAGUGUUGAGUCAGAAUUCUGAGAAUAGACAGGAGAGGGCUGAUCACCAGUGAGUUUCAUGGAUAUACUGAAUAUCAGUUUCUUCAUAAUCCAUAAAAUAUACAAACAUAUCAUCGCAAAUAAAUUGUAAUAUAUCAUCAUCCCUGGGAAGUUUUAGGGUCCAUUUUCUUGGAUAGAAAAAUCGUUUUUGGAGAGGAACAAUCUGCUUUCUACUGAUUUGCUAUGUUUUGGGCUCAUGAUUUUGUUUGUUCUGUUUUUUGUUGUACUGGUUCACUUGCAUUCUUGUUUGUUAAAGAACACUCUUAUUCCCAGGGACAAUCAUAAUAUAAUUCACAUGAAUUUCUCUUACUACCAAAUUUCAAAACUUAAAAUUUGUGUGACUCAUGAAAAUUUUCCAUGUCAAAUACUGCUGCCUACUUGUGACAUAUCCUUAAAAUUUCAAAUGAUAUUUUUUCCAGCUCAGUGUUAUAUAUUAUUUAUGAAAUGAAUCUUUAAAUAAUUCCAAUCAAAUUCCUUCCGGGGAACAUGGCUCAUCUAUCAUAUUUUCAGGGUUGCAAAGUACUGCCAUAACUCAUGUGACAUGUAGAAAUGACAGAGAACAGUUCUCAUGGAACCAAGAAUGGCAUCUUCCCACUCAGUUUGCUCCUCCUCCUCUCUUUAGCUUUCCAUUUUAUAUUUAAUGCUAUUACUUUUAAAAUGUGAUGGCAAAAUUAUUUAUUGAAGUAUUGUAUUUGAGCAUCGUGCUGCAUCAGUUGAUCAAUCCAACUUCACAGGUCGUUGGUCAAUCAACGCUUAGUCCAUGCAUUGAUGCAAAUUCACUAUAUGUUCUAGCCACAUGGGGCCAUCAUCACGUACAUAUGAUGUGUGUAAAUUGUUAUAGUGUAAUGUAAUACUAUUAUAGCCUGUGAGGGCUCUGUGUUGAAAAGUUAAUUAUUUUAAAAAACCAAAAUGGUUACAAUACAGUAUAACAAGUUAUGCAAAUUAUCAUAUAUACCUUGUGAUGGCCCUUUGUAGAUGAAAAAUAUUGUGAAUUUAAACGAAAGCAUGGACUAAAUGAUGAAUUGACAAAUAAUCUGUAAGUUUUUUAUUGUUACUAUCGCACAUAAGAAUGAAAUGUGGUGAUAUAGGGAUGCCUUUCUUUAUAAUUUUACAAGUAAGAAAAGAGGGUGCAUGACUUAUGUGAUGAAAUAUGACACUCAAGAAUGGACCUGAUACAAAUUAAUGUACGUGAAGGAAGAAUGUAUUUUCACUGUUAAAAUACGCAUAUAGAGCAUUCAAAACAAACAAGAAUCUAUUAUAACUUAGAGCAUCAAUAUAUUAAAUACCUAACUGGUGUGAUGGAGAGGAAAAUAGAAAAACAAACAUUUCUUUUAAUGUGGACAUUCCAAGAAUAAGACUGAAACUUCCUAUUUUCCAGAUAUCGUUAAUAAUAAAACAGAACUACAUAUUCAAUUAAUUAUUUAAUUAACAACCAUGCCAUUAUUAUGUAUGGGAAGUGGAAGUAUAAACCCAUGUGUUCUUAACCUUGGCACUAGAUACAGGAGAGUGGUCAGCUUCACACCCUAGUCACUCUAACCCCAGGGAACGAGUUCCAGUACCCACUAGACUGGAGGUUGGAUGGAUAGAGCCAGUGUGGAUGUUAUGCAGCAGACAAUUUAUUGCCCUUGCCAGAAUGUGAACUUUUAUUCCUUGGCUAUCCAGCCUGUAGCCCAUAACUGUGUUGACUGAAGUAAUCUGGCUCACAUACCACACCAUCUGAGCACUUCAAGUACUGGAAAACAAAAUAAGAAUUCAGAGGAAAAGAUUUUCUUUUGGCAAAAGUUCUUCAUGAAAAAAAUAUACACCAAAAAGUCUGCAUUGAUGCUGAAGUAUCUCUUUUUUCAUACCUUAUAAAUGACAUGUUGAAUAGAAAUAUGGUUAAGAACAAGAGCUCUUCUUUUACUACAUAUUCUACUGGAAAGUAAUAAUUGGUGUCAUGUUAAAAAUUCUUCUUUUACAUCACUGAAGAAAAUGCUCUAAAAACUCCUUUCCAUAGUUACACUAACUUUGGCAGUAUAUUUUUCCAAACUCCUGAAAUAGUUUGAGGUUCAGAUUUUAACAGUAAAGCCUGAACUAAGGCUAACUACCUUCUCUAAAGUACUUGAAAAAGUUAUGCACAAUAGGUUAAGCUAUUAUUUUCAGAGUAACAAUAUACUAGUCCCAGAACAGUCUGGCUUUAGGAAAGGAAUUUCCAUUGAAAAUGCAACCUUUAAGUUAACAGACAGUGUGUUGAAAUCUAUUAAUCAAAAAAUGCAUGUUGGUGGAAUAUUCUGCGACUUAGCAAAGACUCUUGACUGCGUAAAUCAUGAAAUUUUAUUAACUAAAUAACAUUUUUUUGGCAUUCAAGGAACAACGUUAAGUUGGUUCAGAUCCUACUUAAGAGAUAGAAAAUAAAAGAUUGAAAUAAAAUCAAAUUCAAUCCAAAGUACCUACUUGAACUGGAGAAUAAUAAAACAUGGAGUUCCACAGGGGUCAAUUUUGGGAAUUUUGCAUUUCAUAAUUUAUAUAAACAACCUCCCUCCUACGCUAAGGACCUCAUCAAUACCUAUAAUAUUUGCAGAUGACACUAGUGUUAUAAUUUCUGGUAAAAAUUUGGAUGAUUUCUCCACGUUAUCAAGCAAGGUUCUAUCGCAAAUGAGUAAAUGUUUUUCUGCAAACAAGCUGUCCUUGAACCCAGAAAAAACAAAUGUAAUAAAAUUUAUAACAGAAAACUGACCACAUUAUCCAUUAAAUAUAGGAUAUAAUGAUAAAUAUAUAGAAGAGGGGGUAAACACAAAAUUUCUUGGCUUGCAAAUUGAUAAUCAUUUAAA